GUGUUGUUUUGGUUAGAAAUCGCCGUGAAAAUUGGGAGAUUUUUUAACUUUUUCGAACAAUCCGUGCAUUUCGUGAUAAAGUAAAAGGUGAUAAGAGCAAAUGCGAGUCGUUUCCCAGCUCCUGCCGUCGUCCCUCGUUGCGAAAGUAGGCCCGGAAAGUGCUGGAAAGCCGCAAAAAAUUUCCUUCAUUUUUCUAAAAUUCGUGAGGCACGCUUAACAACUUUGUUGAAACGGGAAGGAUUAAUGAAUUAUUAUGUGUUUUCCUGUGAACAUCAGUUGAGUUAGUGUCUUGUCCUUCGUGCCGACGAUGUAAAACCGUGUACCGACGUCAUCCACUCGGAUCGUUCACGCUUUUCUUCGAAACACCCCCGAAACCGAGGAAACCGAGGCUGGCCUUUUUCCGGGCGGAGUUAUGGAGAGCGACGGAUCUUGCACCCCACCGCUACCCGCGGUCGAUUUGAUGCCGACGGAGUUAACGAAGACGAGCUUCUUGGAGGAGCGGACGGGUGAGAAAAGAAGCCCUGAGGAAAGGACAAAAGCAUCGUCGAUUGAUGGAAAGCUGGUGGAAGAGCGGAGGAAGGGCAACGGGGGCGCUAGCCCUCAGCAACCGCCGGAGCGAACGUCGAGCGAGAAACAUAAGGCCACGGAAGGAACCUCAUCGAAGAAGGCCGAGAGUGCAAAAAAGGAUUCCAAAGAGCUGGACAGCGACAAGCGUCAAAGCAAACCACGGCACAAAAAUCACAAGAGGCAAACUCGUAGCCGUUCCGGUUCCCCCCGGCAUGCGCACUCCUCGGAGAAGAGCGAAAGCAAGGAGAAGCGAAAGGGGCGUGACGUGAAGGAGCAGCGGCGUAGCCGAGAUCGAUCCGCCAGUCGAACGGAGAAAUCGCCCCGUAACCAUCACCAUCGUAACUACCGGAAACGAUCGCGAUCUCGUAGUCGGAGCGUACGCAAGGACGGUCGCCGGAGUCGCAGUGGAACACGGGAAUGGCCUCGCGUUGUCAACGAUUCGCAUGGACAUCGGUCGUCGGCAUAUCAAAAUCGCCUACCAACGGGGGGUAAUAAUCACCGGCCAGCGUUCCCUUUUUCGGUGACCAACAAUCGAAGGUUUCCCGACGGUUUCGUCCUACGAGGUGGCGCUAGAAAAGGUGAUCUAUCGGCACCGAAGUACACUCAGACGACACCUUCGAUCAGCUGGCGCGAUUGGCAGGUGGUAGAGAACAAUAGUAAAUCAGCCGCGGCAUCUCCUGCAAUAACGGUGAAUCCGAUUACGCCAGCGGUCGCUGCACUCCAGGAGUACGACGGUAGUGAUGCCGGUUCAUCGUCAUCCGGAAAAAGUGAACCCGAGGCAAAGGCAAAGGUGAAACAAACGCGCUCUGCACGCCCGAAAGCGAUAACUAGCGUUGUGAAGGAGGAUAAGGAGAAAGAUGAUCCUAUUCGAUGGUUGAAAAGCAUCGAAAAGAAGGAGAACCAAGUGGAUCUCAAGCCAUCACGAAAGGAUCCAUCAUCCGACGAUCAAAUCGAUAGCAGUAUCGUGAAACAGGAACGUUCGAUAGAUGAUAAAAAGGAUAAGAAAGAGGAAAAGAUGCACCGAGAAAUCGUUCAAGCGCACAAGCUCGAGCUGAAGGAAACGGAACCCCGAUCCUCGGUGCCUUUGUCCGGCCCGGUGAAACCGAAAUUUAGCUGCUCCUUUCUGGACGAUCUGUCGAGUGGUAAGAUGCCGCUGAUGCCAGAAAUAUUAUCCCCCAGCGUAGCGGUCAAGGAAGAGGAGGAGACGGAAAAGGAGAAGGAAAGCUCCGAUAAGCGUGUGUCACCGUCACCACCAUCAUCAAGGUCACCUGAGGAUGAGGAGGUGCGCAGAAGAGACAGUGAGUCACCGGAUACGGACGAUUACGCGGCCAACUGGGAAACGGAGGGUAUGAGUCCCCGCACUAGCCUUCCAUCGGGAGAUGAUUCCGAGGGUGAUGGACGCACACCACCACCAAGAGCCCCAUUGAAGCGCCCAGAGCGUACGCCAAGCCCGGUAGAGCAGAAGGAAGAGAAGGAGCAGGAAGAACGGGAACCUACAGAGGGAAAAGAUCCGGAGCUUACGAAUGGCGAGGAGAUACCGCUGACGCAGCGGCUGCAUAAACCACGAACCAUUCACGAAGAUAUCAUUCCGCUGGACGAUCUGAUGGACCUGCACAAUCAGCUAAAGUCCUAUCAAUCGAAUCUCGCCCAGGCGGAAGCCCUAAAGGCGGCCCGAUUGGCACAGUCCGAUGGAGGGACACCGACAAAGCGUGAACCGACGGCGGUUGAAAUCGAGCCCCAAGAAGAAGAUGAUGAAGUGUCCGAUGGUAAGCUAGCCGACGAGUACGCCAACUUCAUGGAAUCGCUUGGCCAAACGAUGGUAGAGGACAACAAAAGGCGCCGAAGGGCGCGUAGCUUGAGCAGUUCCUCCUCUACCUCAUCGUCGAGUAGCAGCAGUAGUAGCAGCAGUAGCUCGUCCAGCAGCAGUUCCUCCUCGUCGUCAUCAUCGUCCAGUUCGUCAAGUUCAUCCAACUCGUCCAGCACGUCCGCAUCCUCAUCCGAUUCGCACCAUAGUUCCGACGAGGAAGGCACGACAGCAGCUGGACGAAAGAGAGCGCCCAGUGUCUCCGAUGAGGAACGGGAAGCGGGCGAAUCCUUGGGUAUUCGUUCAUCGCGGGAGCGCGCGGAUCCAGCGACACCUUCCCGGAUGGCACCACCGGAUGGUACGUUGCCACCACUGACGACACCACCGAAGAUUUACAGCAUUCGCGAUGAUUCUUGUCCGACCACCGAUACCACCGCCGCCAAACCGCUCGAUCUCGAUCGGGAGCAACCGAUCAAGUUGCGGCUUCCGGCCAAGAACCGCAUUCAACCGUUGGCGGCAGCAAUGCUGGGCGGAGAUGAGGAUGCACCGGGUGAUGCUGGUAAAGAAGCACCCGAUUCCAUGCCAGAAGGUGGAGAGGAAGAGACGCAGCACGAGGGACGCCAAUCUAGCCGUGACCGCGAUCGCAAACGAUCGCACGAUCGGUACGAUCAUCGGCGCAAGCGUUCGUCGCGUGAGCGACGUCAUUCGUCGGGUAGCCCAAGACGUAAGUCGCGUGAUCGCGACAAACGAUCGUCACGAAAAGAGCGAAGCUCACGGCGUUCAUCACGCAGUCCCGCACCGACCGGUACGUCUACGUCGAGACGAUCACAGCGUAGUCCACGCCACCGGCGACGUUCGCUCUCACGCUCCUCUCGUUCACGAUCGCGCUCGCGGUCACAGCAUCGUCAGAGUCGCCCACCAAGCCCCCGUGGGAUGGCAGAUCAUCGACGGCCCCUCAACUCACGUGCUCCACCCCGGCGGCGCUAUUCAGCCGAUCGGGAAUGGUCCGGACGACGAUCCUCGCGAUCACCGGUCGGACCAUCGUACCCCGGGCGACGGCCACCAUCACCGAAGGAUGCCCCACCGUCACUGGGACGUGGCGGGGAGAACCAGAUCGACAUCAUCACCAGCACCGGUGCCUCACCGAACGUCGUACAUUCGCCGGUUACGGGCUACAAGAAAAGUUUGGCCGAUUCAACGAUCAGCGAUGCGGAGCUGGAAAGCCAGAAGCGUAGUAAGCAUCAUCAUCAUCACCAUCAUCAUACGGCGAUCGAUCCGGCCACGGGUAUGCCGUACGGUGCGAUCUACUCCAAGCACUAUUCCGGUGGUGCUGGCGGUGCUUACUAUGGCGGAGCGGAUCACCAUCUGCUGCACCAUGAUCACGUUCAUCAUGCUGGUGGCGAGCGUGGUACCGCCGGUGGUCAGGAAGGUGGUGAAGGAUCAUCCCCGAAACGGAUCUCUCUGGAUGAUCGCAUUAACAUUGUGCUCGGUAUUAACGGUACGAUCGAUGGAAAAGCACCACCGGGCAGUAAGGGAGCACAGCUCCAUCCUCACGGUCCUCCGCCUCAGCACGUACACCAUCAUCAUCAUCAUCAUCCGCCCCCACCGUACGGUGCUGGCGAUUAUCCACCAGGAUCGCAGCCCCAUGACAUGUACCAGGCGCGGCAUCAUCCACCACCUGGCACAGCGCCCCACUAUCCGAUGGGCUACGGUGGUGGUGGUGGUGCUACUGCGGCUGCUGGAUCGAGCGAGUAUAGUGGCAGUUACGGUGGUUACGGUGGUCCUCGUGGAUCACUUCCACUACCCAACUCUGCUACUGCGCCACCCGGUGUUCCCGGUUCCUCGUACUACAGCACUGCCAGCCGUGGACCACCACCAUCGUGGGCCCCACGUAGUCACCCGUACCAGGGCUAUCCGAUGGCCUUCGUCGCUCCACCGGCCGGUUUCUAUUCGAUGCGACCACCUGUAAGUGCUGGCUAUCGGCCACCACUAGCCGGGGUCGUACCGGUACCGGCCACCGAUGGUGGUAGUAAAUCUCAGGUCAAGCAAGUGGGCAACGUGCUCGAAAUCGUUCCCUCAAACACACUGCCUUCAUCACAGGCAGGAGGGGAGAAGGCAACUGACACCGCGGAACAGCAAGGCGUCUCCGGUGCGGACGAUCCAUCCACCGGAGCACCGGCAUCGGCAGGCAACGAAGAAUCGUCAACGGUGGCGACAGCGGCGUCGGCGACGUCAUCCUGUUCCGCGCUCGUCACACCGAAAAUCCAUACGGCCGAGGAGCUACAACAACGGCACGAACGACGGCUCGAGCUAAAGAAGAAAAUCCGAGCGGAGCGAGAACGGAAGCGACAGGAGAAGCAGCAGCGCAAGGAACGGUUGCAGCUCGAAAUUAAGCAACUGCUCGGUACGAAAGCACCCGGUGGUGCAACCGCUGGUGGAACCACCGGUCUAGAAUCGUUGUCGGAUGGAGGAAGCAUCCGUGAUGCGAUCGGUGGCAAUACGUCCUCGGACGAGGAGUUCGAGAUGGUUGCACUGACCGAUCUGCUGGCUUCGCUAAACCGUUCGUACGAUAAAGGAAUUCUCAAAACGGCCAAACCCGCCAUCUCGGGCGCUGGUGGAGCAAGCGGUACGGCGACGGUGAAGAAGAAGUCCGUACUGUUCGCCGACGGUGUCGCACCCGGUGACGACGAAUCCUCCUCGUCCUCCGGUGAGGAAACAAAGGAGAAAUCUCCAUCGAAGCAGGUGGCCGCCAAGCAGCGGAAGAAAAUGCGCCGUCAGCGAACGCUAAAGCUGUCUGGCAAGAAGCGUCUUAUCGAUCGUAUCAAGCUGCCGGACCAGGAGGAGGAGAAGGAAGAGAUUGAUCCGGAACUGGAAAACCUGCCGGCACCACCACCACCACCCGGUUCACCGCCGCCGGAGCUGCAGCAACCACGCUGCCUUAAUCCACCGAUCGUUCGAAUGAUCGACUUCCGGGAAGGUUUCCACGGGGUACCGAUGAUCCCGCUGCCCGUUCCGCCGGUCGGUGGUGGUCCACCUCCACCGGUUAUGCUGCCACUGCCAGUACCGAUGCCAGUGCCGGUACCAGUGGGCCCUCCUUCUUCGAUCUAUCAUCGCACUAACACGCUCGUGCAUCAUCCUCCACCAUCGCACCAUCUGCUGCCUUCUCAUAUGAUGGGCGUCCAGCCCCCUCCCGGUGCCCCUCCGCUCCUGUACCAUCAUGCGCAUCAUCCAGCACCCUCACACCACGGGAGCGCACUGGUCAACAUAACACCACACCAUGGCGUGUAUCCACCGCAACCGAUACCACCACCGACCACCAACAGCAUAUCGAACGCAUCGUCUGUUCUCAUCACGCUCAGUGGUAAGAAGCGAUCAUCGAUUGUCACAGGCGGCGGCAGUGCUGUCAGCACCAACGGCAACACGAACGGUGUCGCCAAUCCAAUCGAAGCAAUCGUCUCAACGGCAACAUCAGCGACAGCCGCAGCAGGCGCUUCCGUGAUGCCACAGGCAACAGCAGCAGUGGCAGUAGUUGCCGGUGGCAACAGCAGCAACUACGACGCGUCUGUGCCAUCUGCGAUCUAAAGCGAUCUCGGUCCAGAUGCAAACUGCCUUAGAGCGCCAUCGUCAUCGUCCCACUCUCCCAUAGUAAACCAACACAGUAGUGUAAUGGAAGCCAACGAACAAAAUUCGGGGUGCGGCCACUGGAAUCGAGAGAGAUCGAGAGAGGAGUGUCGGGGCAAACUCCCUCUGCACAUCAGAGCAGAGGGAUGUCCGAUGCAUUUAGGAUAAGGAAAGGAUACGAAACGGGGAGGUAGCAACGAACUAUCUCUUUUUCAAUUGUUAGGGCAAAAUAUGAGUGUUAGGAGGAAGAGGAAUGUGUUAGGUAAGCGGCCUGUACCACACCCCCAUCAUUCGCAAUGUGUUCGACAAAAGCUCUUAUCUCUUAGGUAUUAUUUUUUCUCCCGUCUUUAGACCUAUUUUUUCUACAACAGGCCGCUACUUGUGUAGGUAGCGUUGACUGAACUCUGUAAAAAGUAAAUUAAUCUGAAUCAACCCACUGUGGAGUAUGCGGUCGAUUGGCGAAAGCUCAGCCAGUAUAUGCUUAGGAACGGGCCAGAAAGGGAUGUUGAGAGGACACUAAGUCAAUAAGAGGGCUGAAAAAUAAUGAGCUCUAGGCAAUCGCAUAUUUUACGUUCUGAGCCCACAAUCUACCGCCAGAAUUCUAGCACCCUCUCAUACUGGAAACUCUUCUUUUUCGCCAAAUUACCACCAUCAAAGGUACGCGAGAGAGAGAGAGAGAGAGAAAGAGAAAGAGAUCGGUAAUGUAGCGCAACGAUGAAGUUAAGUAAAAAAGAAUAUCGUGAACUUAAUGCUAAUGUUUUAUUUAAUCCGACCACACCAAGCAUGGGAGAUUUCUUGGGAACGCUGUACUAAGGUUUAGAACAUUGCCUAA